AUGCUGCACCGUCAUUAUACGCCUCUGAACAAAGUAAUUCGUGGCUUUGGACGUUACACCGUGCUACAUUCUUCAGAUGGGGUUCUCAAUGAGGGCGAACUGCCGGAGCCGGAAUACACGAAAAAUAUGAUUGCUAAAUUCCAACAGCCCCCGCCGUCCUCUCCUCCUUCGCAGACCGCCAUGCAGACGCCAAAAGUGGGUAAAGUCAAAACUCCUGACUUCUUAAACAACAACGAGAAACCCAGUCCGGAGCCCAGUCCUCCGGUUAAUGACAUCCUGCCUCCCACUGGCUCCGCAAAACGUCUCGUGGAGCAGUGGAGCACGAUAGGUUCCCAGGAAAAGGUAACUCCAAAGCCGCAACUGGCCGACGAGCACUACUACGCGCCUAACACGGCCAAGAUGAUCGCCGCCAAAUUCAGUGGUUUGUUGAAUGGCCACACGGGCGAGUGCAUGGCCAAUGGAGAUCAAAAUGACCCAGAAUUGCCAGCCGAAGGCAUGGCACGCGGUCUGAUCGCCAAAUUCUCCGUUCUUGACGCUUGA